UGGACACGUGCGCGUCCCUUUCUCUCCCUCAAGCGUGCUCAUCAUCUUUGCUCGGAUUUCUCUCGCGGAAAUCGACGCUGAGAUUCAGUGAGGAGAUCGCGGAUGGCGACUGCGAGGAGAGGUUGAUGGGGGAAUCGCGUUAGGUGGCUUCGCGGUGGAGGAGAACGGAGGCAUCACAGUCGUUGGGGAACAGUCGUGGAAGAAGAGGCGGAGUGCGGCGGCGGCGGUUGUUGGAGUGGUGAUCUGUUUGGUGGUGAUGGUGUAGAGUGAUAGAUAAUUUAGCUUCAUUAGAGUGAGAGACGGUGAGAUUUAAUGGAAGACGAAGAAGUAGGAGAGUGAGACGUUGACAAAUUUCAUUGAUAAAGAUCAUACUUGUGGGUUAGCUAGAGAAGCUCGGAGGUUGCUACGAGAGCGCAAGGACAUCGUGAUCAGGCACGUGAACAUGCCGGACAUGGACAGCUUCAAGCUCCUUGAGCACGUUGGCCUUGAACUGAACCUCCCUGUCAUAAGUGAGAUCACUUCAUGUGGCUGUCAGUGGGAAGGGAUACCUACAUAUAUCAUUGGUAUAGGCAGAGGAAUAAGUGCUACGGUUGGACUAGCGGCUACGGUCGUAUAUCCUCUAAUGCAAAGCCGUCUCUCAUCGCUGAGAACUGACUUCUCGUCAUUGUGGUCUCAGGGGUUGGAUGGAACUAUCCGUGUGAUCUGUGGAGUAUUGGUUGCAUACUUGUUGAAAUUUGUUUGCCGGCGCUCUGAGAGAUACUUCAGGCGAGGUGCAAAGUUAGAUUGGCCUGAAGGGGCGGCAUCAAGAGACAGCUUAAAAGCAGUGUGGAAACUUCCGAGGUUACCGCUGAUCAUGCAGCAUGUGGAUCACUCAGCAGGCGAUGAUCCAACAAAGUGUUCCCUUUAAACCAAACCCUCAUCCAUUUUUAUAUAACCACACAAACUAAAAAGAAGAAAAAGCAGAUGAAUGUUUGGAUCAAAUCUGCAGUUUCUGGUUUUAUUCACUUGUCUUGGAAAAAAAAAGGAGAGUAGUGUACAUGAUUUUGAUGUGUAUUUAGUUGGCUUAUACAAAGAUCACAUAUAAAAAAUAAGAGUGUACAGAAUUUUCUAUCUAUUACAUGUAAGGAUUGUUUACUCAGCUAAUCUAUUAUAUAUUAUUGUCCA